AAUCUAUGCUUAUAAUCAAGAGCUCUCUGGUUUAAAUUAAUUUAUUUAACUAAUUCUAAAGCUUUUGUUAACCUUUGACUCCAAUUUGUUUGAUAAAUUUUCGUAAAAUUAUAUUACAAUAUUAUAUUAUAUUGGCAUGAAAUACACCAGAGAUACUGUUAUGUUUUCUUCAUCUUCCCUCAAGCUUAUGGAUUCCUGUUUUUAGAUUGAGUUAACCACAACCUUUAAAGAACUGUAUUUCAACAAUUUUGACUCCAUCUCAAGACACAUUUCAAGCUCAUUUUGUCAGCUGUUCUUUUCAUCAAAUUUAAUUGUUACUCUUUUCUCUUCUUCAUCCAACAUCCAUCUCAUCCAACAUUCAGUGAUGGCAGGAAAGAAAAUCUUCUUUGAUAAUUUUGUGUCUAAAAACGCUUUAACUUUACCACGAAAAGGUCGAGAUCCUAUUCUUGGUGAUCUAUACACUAACGCAAGAAAACUUACUCUUAAAAGGAUUGUGAAAGUUCAAGCAACAUUUGAUCCCUUCUACCCUAAUAUUGCUUCUUUUAGAGAGUUGCUUCAUUUUUUACACGGGAAAAAAAUUGGUAGAACCAACGAGGAAUGUUUCAUCAAAACAAAUGUUGUUAGUAAUGGAAAUGAACCUGAAAUACAAUUUUUCUUAAAAAACGGUAAAAAAUUGAUCUACAAAACAGGAUUACUGCGAACGAUCGAUAUUUUGUAUCAUCUUAAUGAUCAAUUGGCCAAAGUAGAAGCUGAACUUGCUAAAUCUGAAAUUUAAAGUUUUGAAUUCGUGAAAUUAGUCGUAUUAUAGUUGAGAUGGCUGGUAGAUCAUAUCAAGCUGUGCUGGAAAUUUUUCGUAAACUCGAAGCCAAUAUGCCUUAUUUUGUGGACGUAUUUGACGAAGAAACAUUUUACAUCUUUGCCGCUUGUUUUGUUAUCGCUACUAUUUUAGUAGCCUUCAUCUUAUCUAGGUUCAUUACUCUACGAGAGGUUGAUUGGUAACCUAAAUUAUCUUUUUUUUGUAACAAAAAUUUGCAGUAAAAUGAUUAACGUCUCUGCACUA